UUCUUUUUUAUACUUUUCUUUUCCGGAACUUCUUUUUCCGUCGGUUUCUUCUCACCCAAUGAACUUCAAAAUUCCUUUUCUCUAAUCAAUAAAUAUUCCAACACACUUUAAUGCAAACCCUAGAAUGAAAGCAUGGCGAAUUGAUUAUCUAGAGAGAAUGAGAGAGAGAGUUUGUUUUCUGUAGAGAGAGAAAAGGCACACAAGAGAUUCAAGAUUUGUUAUUUUCCCCAGAGAAAUUCAAUUCUGGAAUCGGAAAUCUUGAGUUGGAGCUCAGAUUCAUGUUUCGAGUUCUUUUCCGACCAGUUUGUGAUCGAAAAAUUUCAUCUCCGAGAUGAAUUCUAGAUCCAGCGUAUGAAUUCCAAGUCGAGCUUGUUUUUCUCCGAUCGCGGCACCGAUGAUUUCGAAUCCAGAUCUGAUCCACUACGCUUGCAUUGCCAGAAAGGCCACAAUCCUCGCCGAAUUCGCCAGACAUCCCGAUCUCGAAGACUUGGCUCGGCGAUGCAUCGAGAAGACUCCUCCAUACCACUCCAUGUUCUGUCACACGGUCAGGGGAAGAACCUACACCUUCUUGAUCGACGAUGUUUCCGUCUACUUCGCGAUCACAGACCAAGACCUAGAGCAAUCGGAGUGCCUCUGGUUCUUGAACCGCGUCAAAUCCGCUUUCGAAGAGACCGCGAGAGGCGGCUCGAAGAGACGCUCGGAGAAUUUCGUCUACCAUAGCUUCCAACCCGAAUUUGAUUCAAUUGUGAGGGAAAUCAUGGCGUUGGACUCGAACUCGGUGAAUUCCACGCCUAGUUUAUCGAACGUCAGCCAAAAUCCGAGCUUGGACGGUUCAAGAGGUCAAAGCAUGGCCUUCAGGCCGUUGCUUGGGGUGAAACUCUGCAAUGGAUUGAAGAAGAAGAAGAAGAGAUUGUCCGGAGAAGCCAAUGGAGAUCUCGGAAAAGAUUCAACCAUGGAGAACGCGGUGGAUGUGUACGACGAUAUCAACAGAGAUUUUGUGUCGUCGAUGCAGAAGAACAUCUCUCCAUACGCCGGAGAUCGGCAAAAGGCGAAGCAGGUAUGGAGAAAGCAUGUUUGGGUGGUUUUGUUGUUGGAUUUGUUCGUCUGCGCGAUUCUGUUUGGGAUAUGGCUGUGGGUUUGCAGAGGCUUCAAAUGCAUCGAGAGUUGAAUCCGACGAAGAUGAAAGGAUUCUCAUUCUGGAAUACGUUCUUGAUGUCGUUUUUUGUACCAAUUAUACGACGUAAGAAUUUAAGAGAUGCGUGUAAAUAAGCGAUGGUGAUGAAUAUAAUAUAAGUUCUUUUGGGGCAAAACAAAAAAGCAUGGGUCUUGGAACAAGUCAUAAAAACCACUCCUGUAACUCAUCAAGUUGUGUUCUCUUCACUUUGUUUCAGUUGAUUUGUAUUUCUUUUUCUUUUUUUUUUUCUUUUUUUUUCCUGGGAGAGUUGAUGCUGUAAUUGCUUCAUCGACUUGGCUCCUGGUUGUAUGAAUUGUUACUUUUUUUUUUUUUUUUGCUUGAAGAAUCGUUACUUGUUUUCAUUGACUAUAUAUUUUUCUUCCCAUUUAUGCCGUACCAGCAAAGUUUAUGACCGAUAAGAGAUAAAUAACCAACAAUUCAAGUGAAAUUGGCUAGUCCCAUUCGAUGGAAGUCAAAAAGCUUUUUUUAAAGAAAAAAAGAAAAGGGUCAUCUCUGAACAGGGAAAUUAAUGUAUAGAGAGUUGGACA